CUCAUGAAUUGACGGCUUUUGAAGAUGUCAUCGGGAAGGGCUCCAUCACAAUCAGGAGUAGGGUCAAAGGCACCCCCAUCACCAAACAGGAGCCCAAGGCAAGGUUCCUCGCCUCGUUACCAUGGUAACAAAGAUUUGUCUCCCAGGAUAUCGUUGGAAAUGCGUACCGGUGCCCAAACACCUCUCAGCAGAUCACAUUCACCUCAGAUUUAUGGCAGAGUAACGCCACUUAGUCUGGACAGAGGAUCGCCAUCUUCUGGUCAGCUUGAAAGGGGUCCCAGUGGUUUAGAGGGGAAGAGUAACAAGGCCAGACUGCCACCGGUGUCUCCUUCCACCAAGAAGAAAUCCUCAUCAAAGCAGGUCUCACCAAGACAGAAGACAGAGACGAAGGCCUUGGUGCCAAAGUCUGCAGGAACUCUGGCUUCUCUCAAGGCAGCCAAAGAAGCUCUUCCUAUUGUAAAGAAGGAUGGCAUGUAUUUCCCUAAAGGAUACACACUACGUCCAAUCAUUCCUGCCCAGAAAGCCGAGCUGAUUGAUGUAGCAAGAGCAAUGAAUAGAGAAGAUUUUGGUCCCCGAGUCAAGAAACUUUUUGAUCCUGAGACAGUAGCUGCUACUGAAGCCAUUAAAUCAGGUGUGUACAUUGGUUGGCGCUGCCCAGAGUUUACCUGGGAUUGCAUCCGUGUUGGUCGCUUAUCAAGAUGCUUCUGUGGACAUCUCCUGCAAGAACAUGCUUCGUACAAUGGACAUAGUGUCCGUGUCCCCUGCAAGCAAGGAGGAUGCCAUUGUAAAGCCUUUGCAUUCAUACCUGGCCGUCCAGAAGAUAUCGGAGAGUUCUGGUUUCAGCGCAGAAGGAACUUUGACCCCACAACAUGGAGAGCAAAGUGCAAGUGUAAACACACGCAUGAGCAACAUGAUGUGACUGGAUUAAGAAGGUGCAAGGUUGGGGGUUGUGGCUGUGGGGCUUUCCAUUCUAACUUCCUGUGUGCUGCCUGCGAUCGCCAUUGGGAGGAUCAUGAAACGGUGUUUGAGACCGAGACAGAAAGAAUGAAGAAAAACAUUCCUUGUGGCCAAGACUAUCUGCCCUUUGCCGAAAUGCCCAACAUGCGAAACAUGGCACUGACAGGAGUGGACAACGAUCCUGGGAUCUACACUGACCUGGUGGAGGGCGAGGGUGCCAUACCAAGGAGCAACCGAGCUAUCACCCAGGACACACCCUUCAUGCCUCCAUCUGGUUCAGGCUUCAAUCCUGUCUGGGACUAGACACACUUCUUGUGGACAUGCUGUUUUGAGAAAAGUCAAGUUAAUUGUACCCUUUGAUGACAGAAGCAGAAGGGAAAAGGUCUACUCAGUGCUGUAGCAGAACUAGGCAAUCAAUGUAAUGAAGGAUCCCAUUUUCCUGUGUAUGAUACUAGUACUCAUUGGAAGGUAGUUCGCUGUGUCGAAACCUUCGGGCAAGACUAGACUUGAUAGUUACUAAUAACUGACUCUCACCUUGUUAUCAGAGGGUCGUUUGUUUGCAUCCCACCGCAAUACCAGUUCCUUUAGCAAGACAUCAGUCUACACUUUACCACUCUCCACCCAGGGGGCCAUUUCAUAAAGCUGUUCGUAAGUUAAGAGCGACUUUAAAAACGACUGGUG